GUGCCAGUCCAUAGCCACGGCACGAUGCAGCAGUAAUGGGCCCCACGCAUCUCAGCAGCAAAGGAAAGCCCAAGCCCGGCGGCAAGGCGUCCAACGCACCGCGCAGCCGCAACACGACGCCGUUGCCCAGCGUGCACGCUUCGGUCGAGCCCACCAUGACGGCGUCGACGCCCGCUACGACAUCCUACCUCAGCAAGUCGCUCAGCGUGCACCUGGCCAAGAAGCUGCAUGUCACCGUCGAGGAGAUCCUGGACCGCGGCGGCAGCGGCCAGGGAAUCCCCACGGCCGCCGCCCUGGUCAGCAUGCGCGAGGCCAUUGUCGACAAGGUGCUGAAGAAGGUCGAGACGCGCUGCACCACGUCCGAGGGCGGCCUGCGCGAGCUGCACGGCCUGCGCAAGCACCGCGCCCCGCGCGAGAGGGAGAAGGUCAAGAAGGUCACCAAGAAGCACGACGAGGACAGCAAGCACCCGCCCACAACGGGUGCCCACGGCCUCGCCCGUCAGGACGGCGUCGACGUGCACAAAGGAGACCACUCGUCGGCCGUCUCGUCGCCCAUCUCGCACGCCGCGCCCUCGCACGCCGGCACUGGCCCCGCAGACGCCCCCUCGCCCAGUGCCUCCGAACUCUCGCACCAGCCCGCCCCCGCGCCCGCCGUGCCCCAGUUCCAGACGUUUGGUCCUGACCCCUCCAAGUUCGACGACCCCACCAUCUACCACAUCCGCGAUGUCACCCCGGGCAUGCCCGACGAGGAGCGCAAGGAGAUAUACAGUGUCAGGCACUUCCCCCCUUCCGACCUGCGCGACCAGACCGCCGGCACGCCCCCCGACAAGGACUUCUCCAACGCCAAGCCCGCCACCCAGGUCAACGCGACCGUCUUCGCUAACUACGUCGAGCCCUACAUACGCCCCCUGACCGAGGAGGACGUCGCCUUCCUCAAGGAGCGGGGCGACCGCAUCGCGCCCUUUGUGCUGCCCAGACGCGGCCAGCGACACUACAAGGAUAUCUGGGCCGAGGAGGAUGGCGCCAUGCACAUCGACUCCAACGACCAGCGCUCGGCUCCCAACAUGGCACGCGGUGCUGGGGAGGACAUCACAGAAGACAUCCUCGAGACAGACCUGGUCUCUUCCGGGCCUCUGCUCGCCCGCUUGGUCUCCCUCCUCCGACCUGAGGGACGCGGCGCCCAGCCCAGCUCCCAUGACACAAACGGCCUCAACGGCGACGCCAUGGACAUUGACGACGGCGCAAACCCACCCGCUGACACAAACUCGACCCCCGCCGCCACCCAACUGCCCGACUUCCUCCAGCCCGGCUGGCGCGCGCCCCAACAGCCUGUCCGCACCGACUACGCCUCCCUCGACGACCGCAUGCUCCUCGAGCUGAAGCACUACGGCCUGAUUUCGGAAACCGACGCCGAAACCUCCUCCUACGACUCGCAUUUCGACGACGAAGUCGCCCAGCGCCUGCGCUUCCUGCAGGAGGAGCUCCGCAAGCAAUCCAUCGUCAACGGCGCGAGAAAACAACGCCUACUGGAACUAACACAAGAGAGAAUCGCCCAGCAGGAGUACAACACCAUCGCCGACGAUCUCGACAACCAGCUCAACGCCGCCUACCUCAAGCGAAACCGCAACAUUGGCAAGGGGAAGAGCAAGAACAAGCGCCCAGGCGGUGCCGGCGGAGGCAGCCAUGUGGUAGCCAACGGCGUCAGCAGACCGGGAGUGGGCGAGCCCAUACGGACGUUGAUGGAGCGCAGAGCCCAGUGGAGAGACACCAUUGGGCCCGUCGUCAACUACGGCAAGACGGGCCUCCCCAACGACACCGUCUUUGCCGACGAUAAGAUGAAGGAGCUGGAGAGUCGGGAAGUUGAGGUCUGGAACACAGAGGCCGAGGAGUGAAAUCCUCGACUGUUCCUUCAUGGAGUCUGGCGUAUUUUCAUAAAACAUACCAUGGCGUUGGGUCUUGUUGCUUCUUGCUUUUUCGAGGGAUUUGAAUUGUUUGUGGAUUGCUAUUCUUAAGGGGUGUUAUGGGGUCUCUAACACUUUACUACGUGCUACACGAAUACGACGAGGCUAUCCGUAUCGCUAAUCAUCUGCCGGGUGCCGAUUAGGAAGAGGGAAUCAAGGGUCGACACACUAGCUGGGCAGGCGCAUAGGAGAAAGGGUCAAGAAGGGUCAUGCAGUAUGUCUUAUUUGACGUGGGAACGGAGAUCAAAUCUAGUCAAUACGUUCAUAUUACUCUUUCAUGCUACGCCACACGCAAACUAUCG